UUCUUUCUCCUGGGCUCGUUGACCUCGAGCUUGGCCCACGUUAUUUAGUGCCCAAACUUACCGCCUAUCCCCAUUCUCCCCAUUGGACGCCAGCAGCAUGUGCCUGCCCGCUCAUGACUCAAUGUUAUUAGCCCCUGGUACAGUUUCCGGAGCAACGACCAAAAAAUUGUGUUUGGAGGGUUGUUUGUGUUGGCCCUCUUCUCAAGAAGAGCCUGCGUUCCUUCUUCACCCCUCGCUCACAUUCACAAGUAGAGCUCCUGUUGACAUCUCUUCGCUCUCACGCCUGGAUUUCAUUUUCUGCACGUGGCCUUCUUGUUCUCUUCUGGCUUGGAAUUGCCCUUUUUUUUUUCUAGUGGAAGUGCUGUUUCAUUGGGAAUUAAAGCUGGCGAAUAUGGCCAUUCAACGUUGGGUGCACCAUUGAGCUGGGAGUUUGAGAAAUUCAUUUGUGCCCUCCCACAUUUUUUAAUUAUAACUAUGUGGGAAGGCGUCACAUGCUCCCCAGG